GCCUUUAGACGCGAACUACCAGGUGGAUCUCACGGGGUGUGAGCGCGUGCGGUAUGCGGAAAAAGUACGCAUGUGUGACAACAUCGACCCCUUCACGCUGCGACCGGGAACGGACACGGCUAGUCAUGUCGGCAUAUUCCCAGAGAUUUGUUAUGGUGACAUCGUCAAUUACCUUGUUUUCUCUGCAAACUUUCUGACCCUUGAGGAGAUGAAGGCGUUUAAGUCGACCGAAGCGCAUAAUUAUUUUACUAGCGGCUGGGUGAAGGGUCUGUCUGCAAAACAGCUGCAAGGUGAAAAGGUGCUUCUGCUUGGAGAGGUAAGUAGCAAAGUUUCGUAAGCUGUCUUUUUAACGAGAGAAAAGGAUAAAUAACGUUAAUUCAUUCCGCAAGUCUUUAAGUGUGAAGAUUCACGUAAACAAAAGAAUUAUUUACAAACUGUCAAGCUAGACUCGGUUUCUUCACAUGUACUUUGGCGAUUUCAGAUGACGCCUCGUUUUUUUUUUGUUUUUUUACGCGCAUGUGAUAGGAACUGUUGAUGCUUUGUUCAGAUUGGAAGCCAAACGAGUUAAUGAACGAAAAAUAUAAAGUCACGCGUGAAGAAAUGGAUAGGGAUCGCCCCUAUCCAAUCACGCGAUUUUUUAUGGCCUGCCUUAACUGAUUCGGCUUGUUGCUGUUGCCGGUGCAUAGUGCGCGACAAGCUCAACAGUGACGCAAGUUCGUGCAGAGAUGUGCCCAACGUUAAUUUGUACCCUGAUAUUUCCUGCCCAGGUGAACCAUUCACAAAGGAUGCGAGACCAGCCGCUACAUGUGUGGAUAUUAUGCAAAAACAGCGGGGUUGUGCUCACAGCCCAUUGCACCUGUAUGGCCGGAGCAGGGGAGGCAUGCUCUCAUGUCGGAGCCUGCUUGUAUGCCGCUGAGACUGGUGUGAGAAUGAAGAAUGCUAUCAGCUGCACCUCAAACAACAACAUCUGGCUUCCUGCAUACGUGGAGAAAGUACAGUUCAGGAGGCUCAAAGAUAUAGAUUUCACUUCGUCCAGGAUGAAAAAGCGAAAGCUGGAUGAUGAAAACAGCAGCACAACAGAGGUCGAACCGAAGAAACGCGUGGACAUCCCACCGCCCACAGAAGAGGAACUUGGAGGCCUUUAUAGAGCUUUCCAAACCACCAACGUUGUACCCGCGCUAUUUUCAGUGCUGCCAGAAUAUUGCGAGAGCUUCCAGGAGCCUAUACAAUCCCAGCCUGCUCACUUAAGAAAGUUGUACAGUGAGCAGAACUUGGCUGAUGACCUUGACGUGCUUCUGAAGAAGGCGAAGAACUUUCUAUCUGAAUUUUCAGUCGGAGAGGGCACGAUAAAGUCAGUUGAGGCUGCCACAAGACAGCAGAGCAAUUUAUCAGACUGGUUUCUUUAUCGGGCUGGCAGAGUAACAGCUUCAGUAAGGAAAAGGGUUUGUCACACAAAUAUCGAAAGCCCCAGCAUAUCACUGUUGAAGUCAGUAUGCUACCCUGAAAAAAAUUCCGUCAGAGUCCCUGCCGUCAUGUGGGGUUUGGACCAUGAACGAGAUGCUUUGCGAGCUUACACAGAUAAGGAAGCCACCAAACAUCAUGACUUCCAGUGCCGCAGGUCUGGUUUGCACCUCAGCACUGCUUACCCUUUUAUCGGUGCGUAA